UUAUCAUAAACCCUACGAUUCGGCGAGUCAGUCAGGUCCCUUCUCGCCCUUCCCCGAUCGCAAUCGUCUGCCUCGCUGCUGAAUUCCACUGCACUCCGACUCUCCUGAGGACGACGGCCAUGAGGAUUAUGUAGCAGGAGCAGCCGUCGGUGAUCGCGAUGAUCGGAGACUCUCCGCUUUCUGGUCUUCUCAUUGGACGCGAAUAUUUCCUAGGCGAAGGCAUAGCGCCCCUCGCGGCUACUUCGACCUUGCACUGAGACCCAUCUUCCACUUUCUCUUAGGGAAUCGAGAAGAGGGGCAAAGGCAAACCCUCUCCAAACCUCAGUCCAGUCUGCAGCUAUGAGCGACUCGCGCGAAGGAUCCCCCGACUGGUUGCGAUUGUUCCAGCCUCCAAGCACGGAUGUUGUAACAGUAUCUUCUGGGUCUGAUUCCUCUCCAGUAAACAACCCCAAAAGGUCUGCUCAUGCAAAACAUGAUCCAAAGGGAAGGAAGAGUGAGCAAUAUUCCAUCAAAAUUGAUAAUGGUGAAGAAAGCCUUCUAAUCAAGACUGAGGAACCAACAGAUGCAAAACAAGAGCCAAAGGGAAGGAAGAAUGAGCGAGAUUCCAUAAAAAAUAAUAUUGGUGAAGAAAGCCUUCUAAUCAAGACUGUGGAACCAACAGAUGCAAAACAUGAGAAUAAUCAAAUUUUGAGCCAAGAUGCUUUGAGUCCCAAUAAGAAGGAACCAAUUGAAGAAAGCACACAAGAUAAACCUGCAGGAUCUUCUGUCUCCAGGUUACCUUUAGUGUUCACAGACAAAGUACAACGUUCCAAGGCACUUGUUGAAUGUGAUGGGGACUCCAUAGAUCUUAGAGGAGAUGUAGGUGCUGUUGGACGAAUUGUAAUUUCAAAUGGUCCUACUGGGAACAAUGAAUUGCUCUUAGACCUAAAAGGGACUGUAUAUAAAACAACAAUAGUUCCUUCAAGGACAUUUUGUGUUGUCAGCAUAGGACAAUCAGAAGCAAAGAUAGAGGCAAUCAUGAAUGAUUUUAUACAAUUGGAACCAAAGUCAAAUGUAUUUGAAGCUGAGACAAUGGUUGAAGGAACACUUGAUGAUUUUUCAUUUGAUUCAGAAGAAGAGGCAGAUAAGGUAACAAAACAUCCUGUUCAUCAAAGUGAUCAGACAAAUGAAGAUGGUGAUCAUACAGAUAAGACCAAGGGUUCCGUGCGUAAGAAGGCCAAAAUGAUUACCACACCGGCUAAGAAAGGCGCAAAAAACCCUCAAGUUUCGAAGAGAACAAGAAAGUCAAAAAAAUAGAUGGUUUGCUAGGAGAAGUGCAAGCAGGCGAUGAAGAUGAAGAUGAAGAUGAAGAUGAAGAAGGAAUGGCAGAAGGGCAAGGAAAAGAAGGGAAGUAGUGAAGGAAGAAUUUAUCUACCCUUGUUCACCAACUGAAGAAGCCAAGGCUGAGCAAACAUGAAAGGAUAGAGAAAAAAAAAGUUUAUUAUCUUGUUUGUGCUUGAAGCACCGCUUGUUUAAUUUCUUUCCAGCUAGUAAACAUGCCUUGGAAGUGAUGGUUAAUGAAUGUACUUGCUACAUGUUUUGCAAUUUGAUGGUUCAAAUAUCGACAAA